AUGAUUGAUAGUAAUCAGCCAACAUUAACUACUUCAACUAGAAUUGGAUAUAACCCUGGUCCCGACGGUCCAUUUCCUAGCUCUAAUUUUAAGGCUCCUAGAAAUUCCAUACCUCUUGGAAUACGAGAAGGAAAAUAUAAUCUGACAAAACAGAUGUAUACAACAACUAAUAAUGAUACACUGUAUAAUCAUGAAAACCCAAGUCAGUUUAAAAAUUCGAGAUACACCAAACCGCAACCUUUCUACCAAGUUCAAUAUACUGGCAAUGUUAUAGAAAAAAUCGAUUCGCUUCCCAGAGGACGAGAGCUAACGACAGGAAAUCAAAAUACUGAAAUGAAAUCGAAUUACAACGGAGAAAGAGAUGUCCAAAUUAAUUUAAGUGCAAAUCGGCCACAUAUCUUAAAUGAGCAUCAUUCUAGAUUUCAAAACCAAUUUAAUGACGGAAAGCUGAAGCCAAUCUACAUUAAAGAGUCCGUCCGAAAAAGUAAUGUAGAAAAAUAUUUUGAUCCAUAUGCAACCCAGUCACAGUUGAGCUUUGAACAUCAUACCCAGGAGAAAAUUGCGCCUUAUGCAAAAAAUGAUAUUGCUACCUAUUGGGCAUGCGAAAAUUUUCCGAAAGUUCGCGGAUUUGGUCCAAAGCAGAACGUACUACCUAAAUUACCAACUCCAACCGGACCUUUAACAAAUAGAAAUCCCUAUUUUUCUAAAAUUAAGGAGAUUCGAACUCCAAAAUCUGCAAAUUUUGUACCAAACAGUGGUUUAAAACCAACGUAUUCAACGUAUGAAAAUCAUGAUCUUAAACAAGUCCAACAAUCACAAGUUCAUGAUGUUAGUCGACCUCGACAAUUUUCAGUAACCGAUCAUGGAGAUUUUGCAACACUGCCUAACAUGUAUGGUACCACUUAUCGAACGUAUGAAUUAUCUACAGAAAAAAUAAAAAAUGAAGGACUAACAACUUACUUUUAA